CAGUCGCUAAUGCAAGAUGGAGAAGCAAAUGUAACACGCAUUCGAGAUAGUUUAAAGAAACUGCAAAGCAAGCCAAGGAUGACAAUGGUGGAGCUAUUCAACCAAAGCGGUUUCUGGUAAUGUGACUGGAACAUGCUGUUAAGUGGGUAUUGCCAAAUUAUUUUCUGAGAAACAAACAGAGAUUAUCGACAAUGAAGGUCGACAGAAGCAAGUUAAAGAAAACUCCUACGGAAGCUCCUGCUGACUGCAGGAUACUUAUAGAGAAGCUGAAGGCAUGCAGUGAUGAGCAACUGCUGGUUGAACUGCAGCACAUCAAGACCUGGAAUAUUGGCAAGUGUGAGCUGUACCAUUGGGUGGAUCUGUUGGACCGCUUUGAUGGCAUCCUGUGUGAUGCAGGCCAGACAGUGGAGAAUAUGUCAUGGCUGCUGGUGUGUGACCGCCCCGACAAUGGACAGCUCAAAGCCCUGCUUUUGGCAGUGCUCAACUUCACAGCCCUGCUCAUUGAGUAUAGCUUCUCUAGGCACCUCUACAGCUCCAUAGAGCACUUAACCACCUUGUUAGCAUCAUGUGACAUGCAGGUGGUCCUGUCUGUGCUGAACCUGCUCUAUGUGUUCAGUAAGCGCUCCAACUACAUCACAAGACUGGGAUCUGACAAAAGAACGCCUCUACUGGCCCGUCUGCAACACCUGGCUGAGAGCUGGGGAGGAAAGGAGAAUGGCUUUGGUCUGGCUGAAUGCUGCAGGGAUCUGCCCAUGACGAAGUACCCUCCCAGUGCCACCACACUGCACUUUGAGUUUUAUGCUGAACCCGGUCCUGAGGUCAAAGUAGAGAGGAAGACAAGUAGUAACACACUACACUAUAUCCACAUCGAGCAGCUUGACAAGAUUUCAGAGAGCCCAUCUGAGAUCAUGGAGUCACUGACAGCGAUGUACAACAUCCCUAAAGACAAACAGACCCUGCUUUUCACACAUAUUCGACUGGCCCAUGGUUUCUCAAAUCACAAGAAGAGGUUGCAGGCUGUUCAGGCCCGACUGCAUGCUAUCUCUAUACUGGUGUAUUCAAAUGCACUCCAAGAGUCAGCCAACAGUAUUCUGUAUAAUGGCUUGAUAGAGGAGCUGGUGGAUGUAUUACAGAUUACAGACAAACAACUUGUGGAUAUCAAGGCAGCAUCUUUGCGCACUUUAACUUCGAUUGUCCAUCUGGAGAGGACACCCAAACUUUCCAACAUAAUCGACUGCACUGGCACUGCCUCCUACCAUGGCUUCCUGCCUGUGUUGGUGCGCAACUGUAUACAAGCAAUGAUUGAUCCUCUGAUGGAACCCUACCCACACCAGUUUGCCACUGCACUCUUCUCAUUCCUCUACCACUUGGCUAGCUAUGAUGCUGGGGGGGAAGCCCUUGUCUCCUGUGGCAUGAUGGAAGCCCUCCUGAAGGUGAUUAAGUUCCUGGGUGAUGAGCAGGACCAAAUCACCUUUGUUACUCGAGCAGUACGGGUCGUGGACCUCAUCACCAACCUUGACAUGGCUGCCUUUCAGUCCCACAGCGGCCUUUCCAUUUUCAUCUGCAGGCUAGAGCAUGAGGUGGACCUGUCGAGGAAAGAGUGCCCUUUUGUCAUCAAGCCAAAGAUUCAGAGGCCUAGCGCAGCUGUGGAGUCUGAGGACAUGGACACAGACAUGGAGAUGUCGGAAGUUGCCAUGGAAAGCAGCCCUGGACCGUCAACAUCUUCUGGCUCCAGACCAGAGGCAGACCACCGUGCACAGAGCAGCGCUGCUAACACGCCUCGUGCAGGUAUGCAGUGUAUCCCUCAGAGGGCAGCUCUAUUGAAGUCGAUGCUAAAUUUCUUGAAGAAAGCCAUCCAGGACCCUGCCUUUUCUGAUGGUAUCCGCCACGUAAUGGAUGGGUCCCUGCCUACCUCACUCAAGCACAUCAUCAGUAAUGCAGAAUACUAUGGCCCUUCGCUCUUCCUCUUAGCGACAGAGGUUGUGACGGUGUUUGUGUUCCAGGAGCCAUCCCUGCUCUCCUCCCUGCAGGAUAAUGGUCUCACUGAUGUCAUGCUGCAUGCCCUUCUCAUCAAAGACGUUCCUGCUACCCGUGAGGUGUUGGGUUCUCUCCCAAACGUGUUCAGUGCUCUGUGCCUGAAUGCGAGAGGCCUGCACUCCUUUGUUCAGUGCCAGCCGUUUGAGCGCCUCUUCAAAGUGCUUUUGUCCCCUGACUACCUGCCUGCCAUGCGACGGCGACGCAGCUCCGACCCUUUGGGUGACACUGCAUCCAACUUGGGCAGCGCUGUAGAUGAGCUCAUGAGACACCAACCAACUUUGAAGACUGAUGCUACUACUGCCAUUAUUAAGUUACUGGAGGAGAUCUGCAACCUAGGUCGAGCCCCUGAGUAUAUCUGCCAGAAACCGUCUAUCCAGAAAGCAGAUGGCACUGUGGCAGUGCCACCAGCUCGCUCCAGCCAUGCUGCUGAAGAAGCUUCAAGUGAAGAUGAAGAGGAAGAAGAGGCCCUCCAUACGUUCAGCCAGCAGCAGGGGGAACCAGAGAGCAACAGACAGGUGGUGGGCACUGAGGAGCGGAUACCCAUCCCUCUAAUGGAUUAUAUUCUGAACGUGAUGAAGUUUGUGGAGUCCAUACUAAGCAACAACACCACAGAUGACCACUGUCAGGAGUUUGUCAACCAGAAGGGCCUGCUUCCACUGGUUUCUAUUCUGGGCUUGCCCAACUUGCCCAUAGACUUCCCCACCUCUGCGGCCUGCCAAGCUGUGGCAGGUGUCUGCAAGUCCAUAUUGACUCUUUCACAUGAGCCUAAGGUACUCCAGGAAGGCCUGUGCCAACUGGACAGCAUCCUGACAUCUCUGGAACCACUUCACAGACCAAUUGAGGUGCCUGGUGGAUCUGUGCUUCUCAGAGAACUGGCCAACGCGGGUCAUGUCACCGACGCCACGUUAUCAGCCCGUGCCACGCCCCUUCUUCAUGCACUUACUGCAGCACACGCCUACAUCCUCAUGUUUGUCCAUACUUGCAGAGUGGGACAGAGUGAGAUCAGGGCUAUCUCUGUCAACCAAUGGGGCUCCCAGCUUGGCUUGAGUGUUCUCAAUAAGCUCAGUCAGCUCUACUGCUCUCUCGUAUGGGAGAGCACUGUGCUGCUGUCCCUUUGUACACCUAACAGCCUGCCACCAGGAUGUGAGUUUGGCCAGGCUGACAUGCAGAAACUGGUGCCCAAAGAGGAGAAGCCAUCUGGCAGCACUGCAGCAACAACAGCCUCUGGCUCCAGGAGAACUGCAGAGUCUGAGACUGUGUCUGUGGAUUCAUCUGCUGGUGGACUGUUGGAAGGCAUGGGUCUAGAUGGGGACACCUUGGCUCCCAUGGAGACAGAUGAACCCACUGCAACAGACCCUAAGGCCAAGUCCAAACUUACCCCAGCUAUGGCCACCCGCAUCAAACAGAUAAAACCGCUACUCUCUGCUUCAUCUCGACUAGGUAGGGCUCUGGCUGAGCUGUUCGGCUUGCUGGUGAAGCUGUGCGUGGGCUCUCCAGUCCGCCAACGCCGCUCCCACCAUGCCACAAGCACAGGCACUACCCCCACACCUGCUGCCCGGGCCACUGCCUCUGCUCUUACCAAGCUCCUCACCAAGGGUCUGAGCUGGCAACCCCCACCCUACACACCCACUCCUCGCUUUAGGCUGACUUUCUUCAUCUGCUCAGUGGGCUUCACAUCUCCCAUGCUGUUUGAUGAGAGGAAGUACCCCUACCACCUCAUGCUGCAAAAGUUCUUUUGCUCUGGGGGGCAUGAUGCCUUAUUUGAGACAUUUAACUGGGCCCUGUCGAUGGGUGGGAAAGUGCCUGUUUCUGAGGGUCUGGAGCAUACUGACCUACCAGAUGGAACAGGGGAGUUCCUGGAUGCCUGGUUAAUGCUGGUGGAGAAGAUGGUGAAUCCAAGCACUGUGCUGGACUCACCCCACUCCCUGCCAGCUAAAAUGCCUGGGGUCACACCUACCAUGCCCCAGUUCAGCGCCCUUCGGUUCCUCAUAGUCACCCAGAAGGCUGCAUUCAACUGCAUCCGCAGUCUGUGGAAUAGGAAGCCGCUGAAGGUGUAUGGAGGCAGGAUGGCUGAAUCCAUGCUAGCCAUCCUCUGCCACAUCCUAAGAGGGGAGCCUGUUAUCCAGGAGCGCCUGGCCAAAGAGAGAGAGGGGACAGUGCGGCCAGAUGAUGAGGGGGUUUCCACUGGUUCUUUGGGACCCAGCGGAGCCCCUGGAGCAACUACAACAGGUGGAGAGGCACCAGCACCUACUGGAACAACUUCUGGAGUGCCAGCAGGAGGAUCAGCUGAUGAUUCAACCAAUUCCACGCCCCGUCGUGAACCCCAGGUUAAUCAGGCUCAGCUUACACAGCUGAUGGAUAUGGGUUUCUCAAGAGAGCAUGCUAUGGAGGCCCUACUGAACACCAGCACCAUGGAGCAGGCCACAGAAUACUUACUUACACACCCUCCUCCACUUCUUGGUGGAGCAGUAAGAGACCUGACUAUGUCUGAGGAGGACCAGAUGAUGAGGGCCAUUGCCAUGUCACUUGGUCAAGAGGUCAGCAUGGAGCAACGGUCUGACUCUCCUGAGGAAGCAGCACGUCGGCGUGAGGAGGACGACAGGAGAGCCAGGGAGCGGGCAGAAGAGGAAGAGGCCCGCUGCUUAGAGCGCUUCAUGGAAGCUGAGCCACUGGACCCCCAGGAGCUGCAUACUUUCACUGACUCCAUGCUGCCUGGUUGCUUCCAUCUUCUGGAUGAGCUGCCUGACACAGUCUACCGACUCUGUGACCUGCUGAUGACUGCCAUCAAGAGGAGUGGCCCAGAGUACAGAGAGCUCAUCCUUGGGCAGGUUGUCCACCAGGUGUGGGAGGCAGCAGAUGUGCUGAUCAAGGCAGCUGAGCCCCUGACAACCAGUGACACAAAGACAGUGUCUGAGUGGACCAGACAGAUGGCUACACUGCCCCAGGCCUCAAAGCUGGCAACACGAAUUCUGCUGCUCACGUUGCUCUUUGAGGAACUAAAGCUGUUGGGUGCCAGAGUGGUCGAAAACAGUGGGAUUCUUGAUUUGCUGAUUAAGCUGCUUGAAGUUGUGCAGCCCUGUCUGCAGGCUGCUAAAGAACAGAAAGACAUCCAGACACCAAAAUGGAUCACACCAGUACUAUUGAUCAUUGACUUCUAUGAGAAGAUGGCAGUCUCUUCAAAGCGCAGAGAACAAAUGAACAAGUAUCUGCAGCCCAAUGGGAAUAACUGGCGAUGGUUUGAUGACCGCUCUGGCCGUUGGUGCAGUUACAGUGCAUCAAACAACAGCACCAUUGACUCGGCUUGGAGAGCUGGGGAAAGCAGUGUUCGCUUCACAGCUGGACGCCGAAGAUACACCGUGCAGUUUAACACCAUGGUGCAGGUAAACGAGGAGACUUGUAACAGGAGGCCAGUGAUGUUGACAGUCCAGAGAGUGCCUCGCAUGCCCAAGCCUGCCAAGACCGGUAGCAUUACUGACUCUGAAAGAGAGGAGGCAGACAGGAGCAAAGUGGAGGAAACCCAGACUGACCUGGACUCAGGGGCAGCAGUGGAGAUGAGUGCUCCUAAGGAUGAUUCCAGCCAGCCGAAGGAGACCACCACUACCCUAGAGUGUGAUUACUCUCAGCGCUCCGAUAUUGUUGUACAAGGCCUGACUGAGGACAUGACCACCGUUCUUAUUCGGGCCUGUGUCAGUAUGAUAAGUGUUCCUGUGGACCCAGACACCCUCCACGCCACACUGCGUCUCUGUUUGCGUCUGACGCGCAAUCACCACUAUGCUAUGAUGUUUGCUGAGUUGAAGAGCACAAGGAUGAUUUUGGGGCUUACGCAGAGCUCUGGCUUCAAUGGCUUCACCCCGCUAGUUACUCUGCUGUUUAGACACAUCAUAGAAGAUCCAGCCACACUCCGGCACACUAUGGAAAAGGUGGUGAGGUCAGCUGUGACCAGCGGAGCAGGCAGUACCACCUCAGGAGUGGUGUCUGGCAGCCUUGGUUCCAGAGAAAUCAAUUACAUUCUUCGUGUGCUCGGCCCUGCCGCCUGCCGUAACCCUGAAUGCUUUGCUGAAACUGCCAGCAAUUGUGUCCGCAUUGCUCUGCCUGCACCACGUGGAGCUGGCACAGCCUCUGACGAUGAGUUUGAGAACCUUCGAAUUAAGGGGCCCAAUGCAGUGCAGCUGGUGAAGACCACUCCGCUGAAACUCUCCCCCUUACCUCCUAUCCCUGACACUAUCAAGGAGGUCAUCUAUGACAUGCUCAAUGCUUUGGCUGCCUACCAUGCUCCUGAAGAACCUGAGCGUCCAGAAGAACGAGCAGCAGCUGUGCCUGGUGGUCAAGACCUGUGCCAGAUAUUGCAGGAUGUUGGUGAUGACGUUUAUCAGCAGUACCGACUCACCCGGCAGGGCAGCGACUUUGACUCCCAGUCUGCAUUCCAUAUCAAUACUCAAGUGUUUGCUGCUGAUGGAGGUGUGGCUGAGUCUUCUCAGUCUGGCACACCACAAGGAGAAGCUUCCACACCCGAAGAGAUGCGGGAGGAGAAGAAGGAACAGGAGGGAGAGAAAGGUACCAGCUCAGAUGAGGGUAAAGCUGCCAAAGUUAAAGCAAGCAAGCCUCUAAUGCCUACCUCCACCAUCCUGAGACUGCUGGCUGAACUGGUGCGCUCAUAUGUGGGUAUCGCCACAUUAAUUGCCUCCUACUGCUACACUGCUGGACAGUCCGAGCUUAUUAAGGAGGAUUGCAGUGUUCUAGCCUUUGUGCUCGACCACUUGCUGCCCCACACCCAGAACUCGGAGGACAAGGACACCCCAGCCUUGGCACGUCUCUUCCUAGCCAGCCUUGCAGCUGCUGGCACAGGCACUGAUGCCCAGGUUGCCCUAGUCAAUGAGGUGAAGGCCGCCCUUAGUAGAGCUCUAGCAAUGGCGGAAGGUGCAGAAAAACAUGCCAGACUUCAGGCUGUGAUGUGCAUCAUCAGCACCAUCAUGGAAUCAUGUCCCUCCACAUCAAGCUUCUAUAGCACUGCAGCAGCCAAGACACAACACAAUGGCAUGAACAAUAUCAUAAGGCUCUUCCUUAAGAAAGGCCUGGUUAACGACUUGGCCCGUGUGCCUCACAGCUUGGAUUUGUCCAGUCCCAACAUGGCCAACACAGUGAAUGCUGCCCUGAAGCCUCUGGAGACUCUGUCCCGCAUCGUCAACCAACCUAGCAGUCUGUUUGGGGGCAAAGGAGGCUCGAGCAAGAACAAGGCUGAACAUGAUACUGUGGGCACGGCCAGGGACAGCAACAGCAACACUCAGGAACAAGGAGAGUCUGGGGAGGCAGAGCCAGUGGAGGGCAACCACAGGGUGCAGGGAACAGACAGCGACUUGAUGGAUGGAGAGACGGAGGGAGACACUGUAGUCAUUGCUGGUCAGCCUGAGGUUCUCAGCACACAGGCUAUGCAGGUUGAAAAUGAGUUGGUGGAUCUGAUUGAUGAGCUGUUGGAGAGAGAUGCUGGUACUGUCAACAGCGCAAUUAUAGUGGGACGCAGUGGUGAAGAUGAAUCACAAGAGGACGUGUUGAUGGAUGAGGCCCCCUCCAAUAUUAGCCAGGCAUCCACUCUUCAGGCCAACCGGGAAGACUCCAUGAACAUACUGGAACCAGAAGAUGAGGAACACACACAGGAGGAAGAUUCUAGUGGCAGUAAUGAUGAUGAAGACAGCCAGGAUGAAGAGGAGGAGGAGGAAGAAGAGGAGGAAGAGGAUCAGGAUGAUGAAGAAGGAGAUGAGGAUGAUGAUGAUGAAGGUUCAGAGAUGGAGUUGGACGAGGAUUUCCCUGACAUCAAUGCUGCACCACACAUCCGCUUCGAAAGGUUUGACAGGGAUGAUGACCUCAUCAUAGAGUUUGACAACAUGUUCUCCAACAAUGCUGACAUCCCUCCUUCCCCAGGCAACAUCCCCAGCUCCCACCCACUGAUGGUGCGCCAUGCUGACCACGGUUCCCUCACCCUAGGUGUGGCAGGCACUAGCAGCCGCCUAGCACAGGGAAUGGGUCGCAGCCAGCGCACUCUGCGACAGCUCACUGCCAACAGUGGACACACCAUCCAUGUCCACUACCCUGGCAAUCGGCAGCCCAACCCACCACUCAUUUUGCAAAGAUUGUUGGGGCCCAGUGCUGCAGCUGACAUUUUACAGCUGUCCAGCUCUCUACCUCUGCAGUCUCGUGGUCGUGCCCGCCUUUUGGUUGGAAAUGAAGAUGUGCACAUCAUUGCUCGUUCUGAUGAUGAGUUAUUGGAUGACUUUUUCCAUGAGCAGAGCAGUACUGGGGGACAAGCAGGCACCCUCUCUAGUAUUCCCACUGCCUUAACUAGAUGGACAGAUGAGUGUAAAGUGCUGGAUGCUGAGAGUAUGCAUGACUGUGUAGCAGUGGUGAAGGUACCUAUCCUGCAGCAUCUGGAGAGUCUACGAGAUGAGGAACUAGAAGAGCGGAGGGAGAAGAGAAGGAGGCAGCUGGCUGAAGAAGAGGAGUCUAAGCAGAAUGAGAGGAGGGCCUCUGGAGCAGAACAGGCCAGGGAACAGAGCCUACAGGGUUCUGGAUUGGGGGCAGUUAAUGGUGCAGAGAACACUGCAGAAGGUGAGCAGGCCCAGGGUGGUACAGUCUCAUGUCUGGACCCACCCAGGGUCUCAGAGGGCUUCCUCACUGCUCCCCCAUCUGGAGAGGUCACUCCCACCACACCUGCUCCUCAUGAACAGGCCCUAGUCUCCUUGGAGACUGCGAUCAGUCAGCAAGUCCACCAGCCAAUUGCUGACCUGCUACUGGCCGAUUCACGUACCAGCUCACUGGCUGCUCUGGCAGGGGCAGGCCUUCCACCCUUGUCGGCAGCUGACAGACCAAACAGUGAAGCGGAGGCAUCUCAGAUGGAAAUGUCCCCAGCACCCACAAUCGCCUCCCUAAGUCCAGACAUUGUGGAGACAUCAGAGCCUGCAGUAGUGGGUGUGUCACAACUGGAAGGGUCACCCAUGGAUACCAGCAGCCCUGCCUCUGCCACUCAGGAAGAAGCUGCUCCCAACCCUGCCCAGACCACCCAGCUGUCUCAGGAGCUUUCUGGUAGUGGGGAAAGUGGGCUGACUGACAGGCCGACAGAUGCAGAAACUGGCUCUACUUCUGUGUCAUCCCCUGGAGAAACGAUGCCCAGGAGUGAUAGUGCUGACAGCCAGUCUCAGGCCAUACAGGAAGAGCCCCUACCAUCCACCAGCAAUGAGGAGGAGGACCCGCUUGCAGGUAUCAGUCUGCCAGAGGGUGUGGAUCCCUCUUUCCUGGCCGCUCUUCCAGAAGACAUCCGUCGAGAGGUUCUGCAAAAUCAGCUUGGCAUCAGACCACCCUCCCGUCCCCCUGCUGCCACCACCCUGCCUUCCUCUACUGCGCCUGUACUGGGAGGACCAGGGGUUACAGAGGUCAGCCCAGAAUUCCUGGCGGCCUUGCCACCUGCCAUCCAGGAGGAGGUUCUUGCCCAGCAACGGGCAGAGCAGCAGCGCAGAGAGCUAGCCCAGCAGCCUCCACAGGGAGACACCCCUUUGGAUCCAGUCACCUUCAUCCAGACACUGCCCUCAGAGCUCAGACGUAGUGUACUGGAGGACAUGGAGGACAGUGUGUUGGCUGUCAUGCCCCCAGACAUUGCUGCUGAAGCAGCUGCGUUGCGUAGAGAGCAAGAGGCACGCCAGAGGCAACUGAUGCAUGAGAGGCUGUUUGGUCAUAGCUCAUCUUCAGCCCUAUCAGCUAUCUUGCGUUCCCCAGCCUUCACCAGUCGGUUAGGGAGCAAUCGUGGCGUCCAGUACACCCGGCUGGCUGUGCAGAGAGGAGGCACAUUUCAGAUGGGGGGAGGAACAAACCACAGACCAUCCAGUUCAAGUGUGGACUCCUUGUUGCGUCUGCGCGGCCGAUUGCUGCUGGACCAUGAAGCCUUGUCCUGCCUGCUGGUUUUGCUUUUUGUGGAUGAACCGAAGCUUAACACAAGCCGUCUGCACCGUGUGCUCAGGAAUCUCUGCUACCACUCUCAGACACGUGGGUGGGUCAUUCGCAGCCUGUUAUCCAUCCUCCAACGCAGCAGCGAAAGUGAGGUGUGUGUGGAGACCUCACGUCUAGAAGACUCCCGUGGCAAGAGGACCCAGGGAGGCUGUGGAGGAAAAGGAUCAGCUACCCCCUCCCUCCCUACUUCAUCCUCCUCAUCCUCCUUAGAGCUACUGAACAGGGUAGAGUCUCGCAGCUCCAGCCAGCUUUCCUGGCUUUCUGUUUCUAUGGAUGCAGCCUUGGGCUGCCGAACAAACAUUUUCCAGAUUCAGCGAGUGUCGGGUAGGAAGCAUGCUGACCGCCACUCAGCUGGAGGUUCUACAGGUUCUGGAACACUGGGAGUGUCUGGUGCUACUGCAGGUGUCACGUGUGCUGGAGGUGGAGGCUCCACUGUCCACAUCCACCCACAAGCUGCUCCAGUGGUCUGUCGACACGUGUUGGACACACUUAUCCAGCUAGCUAAGGUGUUCCCCAGCCACUUCACCCAGCAGCGCUGUAAGGAUCUGUCAGCAUCGUCUUCUGACCUGGACUCUCGACUUUGUUCAGGCUCCUCUGGGGGAGGGGGUGGAGGUAGUGCCUCCAGGUCAGUGUCGCAGUCUCAAAGCAAUUCCAGCUCCAAUGUCUCCAACACACAGAACUCCUUUGGCUCCUCUGCUGUUACUCCCCAGUCACUGGGUAUCUCCACCGAUUUUUGGGACCUGCUGGUCAAACUGGACAACAUGAAUGUCAGCCGCAAGGGCAAAGCCUCAAUGAAGACAGUGCCUCUGGGGGGCAGUGCAGAGGCUGAGGGGGCCCAGUUCAGCCUGGAGACCUCCCCUCUAGGUCAGCUGAUGAACAUGCUAUCCCACCCAGUAAUCAGACGGAGCUCCUUGCUCACUGAAAAGCUGUUGCGCCUCCUCUCCCUCAUAUCCAUUGCCCUGCCUGACAACAAGGCCACUGAGGUGCCUGCUGGACACCCCACCCCGCAGGCUGCCAACCCCAAUACAGCAACCAGCUCAGGAGCCACAGCCCUAGUCACAACACAGGGCACGGCAUCAGCGGGCUCUACCCAGCCCACUGUGGCAGUCCCAGGGGUCUCUGUGGGAGCUGCAGCCCAGGGUACAUCCUCAGGGACAAGUCUAGCAGCCUCUCAGACAUCCUCUACAACAAUCUCUAUACCCACGUCCACUGGAACAACCUCUACAGGGAAACAGAGGGUCUCUACUGCCAGUACAGAGAGUGACAACAAGAUGGCCUCCACUGGACUCACAGAGAAACAGCUUCAACUCUCUGUGGAGGUUUUGACAUCUCACUCAUGUUCAGAGGAGGGUCUGGAGGAUGCAGCUAAUAUUCUGCUGCAACUGUCCAGAGGAGACGGUGCCACCAGAGACACUGUACUCAGACUGCUGCUCAGUGGAGCUAGACACCUCGGAUACACUCUUUGCAAACAGAUCGGCACAUUACUGGCCGAACUUAGAGAGUACAACUUGGAGCAGCAGAGACGGGCACAAGCUGAUUCCCAUUCCCCAGAUGCCCCUCCAGAGGAUUCCUCCAUCUCAGCCAGACUCAAGGGCAAGAUGACCAGCAGGUUCGACGGGUCGGAGAGUGUAGUGAUUGUGGCUGCACAGAAGCGCACACUGGGGGGACGUGAACUUCAGCUUCCCUGCAUGAGCUCACUAACCUCCAAGACAUCAACGCAGAAGUUUUUCUUGCGAGUGCUGCAGGUCAUUAUCCAGCUCCGUGAGGACACACGGCGCGCCAACAAGAAAGCCAAACAGACCGGCCGACUAGGCUCCACCAGUUUGGGCUCAGCCAGUAGCAUCCAGGCUGCGGUGCGUCAACUAGAAGCUGAAGCUGACGCCAUCAUCCAGAUGGUGAGAGAGGGUCAGCGGGCACGCCGGCUCCAACAGGCACCCCCACCCACCGCCUCUUCUGCCUCUGCCGCCGUCGCCGCCGGAUCUUCAGUGGCGGCCCCCCAUGCUCCCACUGGUGCUGCUCCCCCUGCUGGCACGGCUGCUGCUGCCACGUCUGAAGUGCAGUCAAUGUCAGAAGCCCAGGCAGCCCAGAGAGAUGACUCUCCAAUGGAUGUGGACCAGCCCUCUCCUCUAGAGCAGGACCCUGCACCUCUGGAUGAAGAAGGAAAUGGCCAGUCAGAGAGUGAGGAGAGACUUCCAGACCUCCCUCUGCUCAGUGAGCAGCUGUUGUUGGAUGAACUAUGGGACAUGCUUGGGGAGUGCCUAAAAGAGCUGGAGGAGUCCCACGACCAGCAUGCUGUACUGGUUCUCCAGCCUGCUGUGGAGGCCUUCUUCCUUGUCCAUGCCACUGAGCGAGAGAGCAAACCUCCUGUUAGGGACACCCGGGAGAGCCAGCUUUCACACAUCAAAGAUGAGCCUCCACCACUGUCCCCAGCACCCCUUACACCUGCCACACCUUCAUCCCUAGACCCAUUCUUUUCCAGGGAACCAUCCUCCAUGCACAUCUCCUCCAACUUGCCACCGGACACCCAGAAGUUCCUCCGUUUUGCCGAAACUCACCGCACAGUGCUUAACCAGAUCCUGCGCCAGUCCACCACUCACUUGGCUGAUGGGCCUUUUGCAGUACUGGUUGACUACAUACGCAUCCUGGACUUUGACGUUAAGAGGAAGUACUUCCGCCAGGAAUUAGAGCGACUGGACGAAGGCCUGAGGAAGGAGGACAUGGCUGUGCAUGUGAGGAGAGAUCACGUGUUUGAGGACUCCUACAGGGAGCUGCAUCGCAAGAGCCCAGAGGACAUGAAAAAUAGGCUGUACAUUGUGUUUGAAGGGGAGGAGGGCCAGGAUGCUGGUGGCCUGCUGAGGGAAUGGUACAUGAUCAUCUCCCGGGAGAUGUUCAACCCCAUGUAUGCCCUGUUCCGCACUUCACCAGGUGACCGUGUCACCUAUACCAUCAACCCCUCAUCUCACUGCAACCCCAACCACCUCAGCUACUUCAAGUUUGUGGGCCGCGUGGUGGCCAAGGCAGUCUAUGACAACCGGUUAUUGGAGUGCUACUUCACCCGCAGCUUCUACAAGCACAUCCUGGGCAAGAGUGUCAGGUACACAGACAUGGAGAGCGAGGACUACCCAUUCUUCCAGGGCUUGGUAUACUUGUUGGAGAAUGAUGUGUCCACACUGGGCUAUGAGCUGACAUUCAGCACAGAGGUCCAGGAGUUUGGUGUGUGUGAAGUGAGAGACCUCAAGCCAAAUGGAGCCAAUAUCCUGGUCACAGAGGAAAACAAAAAAGAGUAUGUCCAUCUGGUAUGCCAGAUGAAGAUGACAGGUGCAAUCCGCAAGCAGCUGGCAGCCUUCCUUGAGGGAUUCUAUGAGAUCAUCCCCAAGAGGCUGAUCUCCAUCUUCACUGAGCAGGAGCUGGAGCUGCUCAUCUCGGGCCUGCCCACUAUCGACAUCGAUGACCUGAAGGCCAACACUGAAUAUCACAAAUACCAGUCCAGCUCCAUCCAGAUUCAGUGGUUCUGGAGGGCCUUGCGGUCCUUUGACCAAGCGGACCGGGCCAAGUUCCUACAGUUUGUCACUGGCACGUCCAAGGUUCCCCUCCAGGGUUUUGCUGCUCUGGAGGGCAUGAACGGCAUCCAGAAGUUCCAGAUCCACCGCGACGAUCGCUCCACUGACCGCCUGCCAUCUGCUCAUACCUGCUUUAACCAGCUGGACCUCCCAGCCUAUGAGAGCUAUGAGAAGCUGAGACAUAUGCUGCUGUUGGCCAUUCAGGAAUGCUCAGAAGGAUUUGGACUGGCUUAAACUAUGAGACUCUUAACAAACUCAGACAUGCAUACAAACAGUUGAUUUAGAUUUGCCUACACCUGACACAUUCACACUGAUAACCUUUGAACGCACGCACACACCAUCAUAGACAUUUCUGGAUUACUUGUUGAAUGGCCUAGACUUACUGGUUUCUAUUCCAUAUAAAACAGAUAAAACCAGCAAGUGAAAUGGACUGAUUGACAUUGCAUACAACACAGAGAGCCUCAUGUUGACACGAUUGUGUCUCCCUUCCCAAUUUAAUGGCAAAUGCAAGAGCGAAUUCAGAGGAUAAAACAUGGACUAAUAUAAGAGACGUUUUCUUCAUUUAGUUUGAUUUCUCUGUACAAAAGGUUUGGGAGUUUAUUAUGUUUAAUCUUUUUUGUUCUCUGGCUGUGUAAAAAGAAAAAAGAGAAUGUUGUUUGAACAGGAUGGUUAUAAAACCUUUGGGGAAAAAAUGUUGGUGGUUUCUUGUUGCAAAUUUGUGACCUCACGAGCCUUGACGACGGGGAACAUUUUUAUGGGGGGUAUAUGGACAACUUGAGAAGUUUUGGAGAUAUUCACAAAAAUGCACUUUUCAAAGUUUUGUGGCAUUUUUAAGGAAGGAAGGUACAAAAAAUGAAGAGGAAAACCUGAAGGAGAUAAAAACAUUAACCAUAAACUCUAGAGUAUUUUUGGCUAUUAAAUUGCUGACCCAGCCUUGAGCCUUUGAAUCAGAGUGGAAUAACUACAUGAAUAAAUGCAUAAAAUUG